UUCCUGUCACACCGACUUCAGUCCGAGUCCGUCAUUUCCGUAAACUUAAGCUUCGGAAGCGUGUUUAUACACACAGAGUACGUGUUAUUCCACUUGUGCGCGGGAGUGAAUCGACAGUGUAUUAACGUACCGAUAAAGUGCUCAGUAAAGAAGGAUGUAUAGGUAGCUGGAAAGAAUUGUAAUUCCGGAUACGGCACUAAGACUGACUGAGGCGUUUGCAGUAAUACCGGCGUUAACCGAUGGCCGGCAGCGAUGGCGAGUGGCAGCACGUCGUGCGAUGGCGGGGGAGAGCGGCGCGCGCGGUCCCCAGGUGCGCGCGAGAGCCGCGGGACCUGGGGGAUGCCGGGAAGUCGCUGGCGGACAGCACGAGGGCCCGGGAGCGCCUGAAAGAGGCCAUGGCUGAACUCACCUGCGAGGACUUGUGGCGCAGCUGGAAAGAGGUGCUGACCAGCCGCCUGCUUGCGGGGCCCCGGGUUCCAGACACCGAUGAGCAGGAGGCGCGGUGUGUGUGCGAGUGUGUGUGCUACGGCUUGGGCAGCUUCCUGUCGAGCGUCUCCUCCAGGUACCAGCUGGCCAUGUUGCUGCUGCUGCUGGAGGCACUGAAAGUGAGCAGAUUUGCAGACGUCCUCAUCCCUCCUGGGCGCUGCAGUAUAUUCGAUCCCGUGUUCUCGGCAGCAGAGUGUGACGUGCUGCGGUCGCUUGGCCUCACUGUGUUGACUGAGAAUGAGGAAGGGAAGCGGCCCGUGAGCAGACCCACCCUCUUCUACCUGCUGCACUGCGGUACAGCGCUGUACAACAACCUGCUGUGGAGCAACUGGAGCCCCCAGGGCCUGGCACUGCUCACCAUCGUGGGGAACAGCUUUCAGGGUCUCCAGGAGAGGAUGGUGCAGAAGGACCUCCAGAGGGACUACAGCUUCAUUGCUCACGUGAGGAGCGUGUGCCAGGAGACCCCCCUCCCCUGCUCCCCCCGCUUCCUCGAUGUGUUCAACGACACGGCUGUUGUCCGUUUCCCCUUCCAGCGCCUGGCCACCUUGCCCCCCCACACCUGGGCACGGGCCCCAGAGCCCCGCUACCUGCACUGCUCAGACCUGGAGAUUAUCCUGAGGGACAAAGAGCGGGGUGACGGAAGACCGGUUCUCCAUCGCAGCCCAACCCUCCCAUUUUCAGGGACGGUGGUAUAGUGUAAAAACUUGGUAAAUGCACCCCGGUGGAGCUUUGUCCUCGUUCCCGGGUGGUCUGCAAAUUCACGUGUUACGGAGGAGUUCCUGCUGCUUUUGAAGGUGGAUAAAGGCGCUGCGACCCGUCAAGAAGCGGUCCUGACCCUCACCUGUUUCUCCCCACGUCGUCCUGCAGCUUUGAGGAGCUUGUGCAUCAUGGGAAAGAAGGUU